GUACACCCUGUGGACGCAGCCCGACGUAUGGUGAUCGUAUGUAUGUAUCCCUUUAUACGUAUGUACACACGUAGCUGGCAUUGGUUGUGAGGGGCAUGCGUGUCUGAAGCUGCCACAGUGGUGUAUGUGCACAUGCCUCCUGACUCUUUUGCCUUGUGCGUACUCUCCAUCUUGUCAUGGUGCAUGUCUGCAAUGAAUGCAAUGAAUCCCACCUGCAUCUGGGGGUAGCUGGGGGCCCAAUUGUGGGGGCCAAUAUCUGAGACGCUUCCGCAAGAUCUGUGUGAAAAACAUGAGCUUGAAGAUGAGUCAACAGACCGCCUUGCUGUGCCCUGAUGGGCGAACGAUGCCCCUCGAGCUCGUGCACCAUCGGGGGCUUGACGGUGUUUGUGCCGUUUUUCGUGGCCGGUGGCGGCCAGCCGGAGCGGAGCAGGGGGACGAGGGCCAGUUGGCAGCCUUCAAGCUGCUCAAGAUGCCCUCGGCCGCUGCCCUGGAGAAGGAGUCCGUGGUCAAGACCCGCUACCAGAAGUCCCUGGCGGGGCUGAAGAGGGAGCAUGCCAAGAUGAUGGAGGACGGUGGGAGGGGGCCGUUUCUGCCCUGCUUUGAGGGCCAACUGGAUGUGGAGGCUCCUGCCCGCCUUAGAGACGGAGACGAGGAGAAGCUCUGCAUCUUUGUGGCUUUCCCAUGGCUGCCAGGCAAGUCGCACGGAAGGUCAAGCUUUUCAUUUCAUGCCUCUGUCCCGUCUGUCCGCUGCAAUGCUUUUAAUGCAGAGGACUUCGUUAAGGCAUCCGUGUUCUUCACGAAGAACAACAUCGCCCGGGCGGUCAAGGAGUUCGCAGAGGCUGCGGCCUCUCCGUUCGUGGAGCCAGUGUUCGCCGAGGCUGCGCUGUUACAGCUGACUCUCGCCGUCCGCACGGCAAUCAGGGGCCUCAUUCAACAUCUGCAAGUGCACAAGACAGCCAUGCAGCACAAUGUCCUCGCUCAGGACAAUCUAGUGGCGGAUAUCUUCAUCAAUACGGCCAUCAGCAACCCUCACAGUGGCCCCCUCUCUUCCCCCCUCAACACGCCAACCAGUGGUCGUAUGAUCGACCUAGCGGAUGCACAGACGACAGAAGAAGGCUGGGUUCUUGUCCCGCACAAGCCAGAAGUCCGCCAGCACCCCUAUGCCGUCAGCCCAUUUGCACAGUCGCCUGAGAUGGCGUUCAUCGACAACCCAGAGCAUGAAGCGGCAGGAGACGUCCGGCAGAUCUUGCAAGAUCGAGGACUACUCGGUGUGGCGGGUGGUGGUGGUGGUGGUGUAUGGCUGGGAGAGUUUGUGCUGUCGUUUGCUGUCGGCCUGGCCAUAGACAUCGUGUUGAGGGGCGAGACACAGCGCUCAUUCGCCGUCAGGGGAGAUCCUGAUUUGUCGAAAGCGGAGGGGGAGAUGCCGAAAGAGGAGUUCUCAAGAGUGCUCCGUGAGAGGAGCCUUCAGCGAGCGCUGAAGUGGAAGGAGACCCUCUGCAUCCUAUACGAUGCAGACACCGGCCUGCCAUCUGUCCGCCACGGGCUUCACUACAUGCUCAUGCUGCAAGGGCACAAACAGCUGGGCUGGGUGUUGGAAUGCGUAAGAGGGCUGAGUGACCUAGCACGAAGGGCACUCAGCGACGAUCCCACAAAGCGGCCGUGUCUCAACGAGCUGGAGGCAUCGCUGUCAAAAGUGGAACAGCAGCUGAACAGUAACGAGCAUUGGGAUCUCAUCGACUCAUUGGUGCAGGUAUGCAGCAAGAAAAUGGUCUGUAAUUCAUGUGAUCUAUCUUGUGCUAUCCUUGUGUGUGCAGGAAAUGGAUGCACUGAAUGCUUCCAGUAUGGCCAAGGCUCCCUCUGUACACGUCACCAACCCCAACGCCAACACACACACGCCUUCAUCAGAUUCGUCAAUGGUUCGCCCAUCGGCUGCCCCCAUACCUGAGACCGCCCAGCCGUCGGCAGUGCAGAGUACCGCAGCCGCCGAAUCGCCGCCAGAAGAGGGACAAGGCAAUGGUGGUGCACCGCCGCCAACCGACUCGCCCAGACCGACAUCCAGAGAUGAGGGGGGAGAGAUGGCAGGGUCGAGAGAGAUGCCGGCUUCCCUACGUGAGGGCAGAGGUGCGAGGGAAGGGCAGUUUGUUGGUUACCAGCCGGCCACAAUGGUUCCUCAGCCCUACAUGCAGCAUCCCGUUUCAUCGACCUUUACCGCUACCCAGCAAAGUCACCUGCAUGAACGACAGCACCAGCUGUUGCCAUUAGUCCACCCCCCUCCCUCAACGGCGUAUUCUCAACACGGAGGUAACCAAACAAAAGUGAGACAAGAGCGAAAUAUUUGGAAACAUCACUCCAUUGUGUGCGAAUGUGGGUGUGUGCAGGUGGUUGUGCAACAUCUGCAAUCGGUGGUGGUAUUGCCCCGGUGCAUCUACAGCAACGGAUGAGUGAGAUAGGCAGCCAAAGGCGGCAGGAGACAGCGUCAUCGAUGAGGAAGCAAGCGGCCAAUCCAGCGGCCAAUGAGAGCCCAGCCGAACCACCGCCCUCUUCACCCUCAUCUCACGUCGCGUCAUGUGUGACAAAGCCGCUGCUGAACCCCUUCAAUAGUCUCUCACCCGGCAGCGCCGUCUCAACCGACAUGCGAGCACCACGACUGAUGGCAGGAAGGUUAUGCGUACCAGGGGUGAGUCGGGGGGACCCAACCAACGUUGCCCAGUCUCAUGGGCUGGUGCGGGUGCCGCCUCCUUUGUGCGGCAUGCCGCUAGUCCCGCUGCAGUAUGUCCCGCCGCAACAUGUCCCGCCGCAACAUGUCCCGCCGCAAUAUGGAGGUACGCAGAGGCGAGAGAAGGCAAAAUGGCAGAAUACAGAAUACAUGAGGAUGUGUUGUGUGGAUGUGGGUGUGAGCAGGCGGUCAUGAUAAUCGCGUCGUAUUCCAGCCAUACUCUCUGCAUUUUCGACCGCCCACGUGUCAUCCGCAGCCCCACCUGUCAUUUGCAGCUAGGGCCGAUACGUACGGCUGCUCCUCAGGCCCCCAACAGCCGCCACAACCGCUCAAAUUGCCCUAUCCCCCGCCGCCGGCAAUCGCUUUGUGUCCACCGGGCCGUUUGGGUGGUAGUGUGAUGCCCCGUCGCGUGCCCAUGACGGCUGCCUCACCGCACAAACAACCCCCUCGGCCGAACGCUAUUGCCCCAUCGGUGACGGAGGAGGCCCCAAGCAAGAGUGAGGAGAGGGGAGGGAACAAGGAGAGGACCUGGGCAGAGUUUUUCUUCGGGCGAGGGAAAGGGGACAAUCGCAGUAAGGUGCACGCCAAGAGCGACAGGAGGAAUGGCGGGCGGAGGAAAAGUGUUGCUGCUAGAGAGGGCUAGUGAGGGCAUGGGAGAGAGUGUUGCGUGCACUGCGUCACGCGCUGCACGCGUGGUGGUGGUGUUCUGCUUAGGAGUUCUGCUUAGAAUUCGUGUGGACGUGGUGUAGUGAUCAUGUGUGGUGUGUAUGCAUGUGACGAUUGUCAGCUUUCAGACAUCCGUGUCAAUAUAGACACACACAUGAAGUCAAAU